UUUUUUCUAUUAAGGACAAAAAAACCAGCUCAGCUUUCUUUUCUAUCUAUUCUUAAAUCUGAAAUUACAAAUCCCUCUCUUCAGUCACCAUUAACACAGAUUUGUGUGUUAUGGAUGAUUAAGGACGUGGGAUAUUGAGUUAAGUGCAAUCAGGCUGGUGCAAAGCUUCAACAAUACAUGGUUCAAUGGCUACUGGAGAGUUAUCUGAAACUAAAGAGUGGCACGUUGUAAAGAAUUGGCGAAAUGUACAAAAAGAAAAAGAAAGAGAACGUCGUCGAAUUCGCGAUAGAUUGAGAAGGCAAACAAUGAGUCUUGAGGAGAGGGAAAAACAUUUAGCUAGACGUAGAAGAAACUAUCAAUUGAGAAGACAAAGAGUGUUGAAUAAUUCAUUUUCAAGUUGUCAAAAUUAUGAGAGUACUAGUUGUGGAAACUCAAAUGAAGAAGAAAAUCAAGCAAUUGUUCCUGUUUCAGGACUUGGGCUUCAAUCAUCUGAGGCAACAUUUCAUCCUGAAUCAUAUAAAUCACAAGAAGAAUCAGCUGCAUCAAGUUAUAUAUUGCACCAAGGAGCAGAAGAAAGGAUGAAUAAAGUGCAGAGAGGUCCAAAUAUUCUGCCUUUAUAUCAAAUAAGACAUCUUGCUCGACUAUUGAAUUCUCUUUCAAGCGACAAUCAUGAAAUUGGGACCAGUUUAACGUCAAAUGACAAUAUUUCUACGGAGAGUACAUUGCGACGAGGUAUAAGGUUAAUUGACGUUAAGCGUCUGGCACGAGCGCUUAAUGCAAAUUGAAGAAUGUUUUUCUCAUUUCUGUAAUAUUGAUUUUGCUGUUUUUCUAAUGUUGAUUUUGCUAGAACUGAAGGUACCUAUUUAAAGUUAAAAGCUCAAACUUGGUUCCAUAUUAGCUGCAUUGUUGUUGAUUAUAAUAAUAACAUUAAGGAUUAAUCUUUACUCAACCAUUUUCGAGUGCUCAGUCUAAAGCUUCCAAAAUUGCUAGUGCUUAAACAAUAAUUUUAGCUUUCUAA